AUGUCUAUCCCUAUGCACCGACUGGGCGGUCGCGCCUUUGCCCACGAUGACGAUAACAUCGAGCAAGAGUACGAUCGAUUGAGAGAUUUGGCGCGUGCCGAGGCUGAGAAGCGCAACGAUUGCUUCGCACGCUCCCGGCAGGCUUACGAAGAUGGCGAUGGUGCUGGAGCCAAGGAACUCUCCAACCAGGGCAAGGCGCAUGCUGCUCGCAUGGACGACUACAAUCAGCAAGCCUCCGAAUUCAUCUUCCGUGAGAACAAUGCAUCGGGACGUGUAGAGGCGGACUCGAUCGAUCUUCACGGCCUAUAUGUCGAGGAGGCAGAGCGUGCCCUCGAAGAGCGCAUUCGUGCUGAUCAAGCCAACGGCCAGACACAUUUGUAUGCCAUCGUCGGCAAGGGAAACCACUCGACCGGCCAUGUGCAGAAGAUCAAGCCCAAGGUCGAGGAGCUGUGCCAGGAGCUCGGACUGCGAUACAAGACCGAUGAGGAGAACACCGGAAGGAUCAUCAUCAACCUCCAAGGUGGGGAGCCUCUUCCGCCUUCGCACUCUGGAGGCUAUGGCGGCCAUCAUGGUGGACAGCAGCAGCACGGCGGUCAGCAACAUCACGGCGGUCAGCAACACCACGGAGGGCAGCAACACCACGGAGGGCAGCAACACCACGGAGGACAGCAACAUCACCAGCAGGAGCAGCAGGACGACGGACCACUGCCAUGGAUCCUGCGAAAGCUGGAGAAGGCGUGCUGCACGGUCAUGUAA